CGGGGUUAGGGGGUGCCAGGCUCUUGGGGGGUGAUGCCUGCCUCCAUCAUAACGACCAGGAUCUCGAAUGAGACGCCAAGCAAGAUCAUAAUGGCCUAUGUGCCCCGCCCAUCUCAUGUGACCCCUGGGGUCCCACUGCCUGAAUCCACUGGGGUGGGGGGUUCCAGUUGCUUUCCCCCCAAGUCCCUCUAUGGACUCAGUUGGAUGGAGGAGCCUGCGUGGCUUCAACUGCUGCCCAGUGUUAAACAGCCGUUGCGCCCCACCCCAGAGGUGGCUGCAUCUCAGCGCUGGAUCCUCGAAGCAGCUGGCACCUUCGAGCUGCAGAUCCGACUGAUGCGCAACGAGAGAGGGGUGCUGGCCGACGGGCGCUGCUGCCAGGGCGGGGCGGCCCCGCCGUGUGCCAGGGAGGAGCAGUGUCGCACCUACUUCCGGGCCUGCCUGAAGGAAUACCAGCUGCGUGUGGUCCCUGGGGAGCCCUGCGUGCUGGGGGCUGGCACCACCCCUGUGCUGGGGGGUAACACCUUCGCGGCCAAGCCCCAGGAGGGCCCAGAGCCCGUGGGCAGGAUCACUGUGCCGUUCCAGUUCGCCUGGCCGGUAAGGCCUGAGUCCUUCCCCGAGCGGGGAGCUGUGGGGCGGGGGCCUGGGGCACCAGCGCUGGGCUGAGCUGGCUGCAAAUAGGACGAGGUUUGUCCAGGCUGGAUGGGAAGGGGGCGGGGUUUAUCUGGCCUCAGUGUGCAAGUGGUGGAGUUUAUCUAGUCUGAGUGUGUAAUGGGUGGGGUUUAUCUGGCCUCAGUGUGCAAGUGGUGGAGUUUAUCUAGUCUGAGUGUGUAAUGGGUGGGGUUUAUCUGGCCUCAGUGUGCAAGUGGUGGAGUUUAUCUAGUCUGAGUGUGUAAUGGGUGGGGUUUAUCUGGCCUCAGUGUGCAAGUGGUGGAGUUUAUCUAGUCUGAGUGUGUAAUGGGUGGGGUUUAUCUGGCCUCAGUGUGCAAGUGGUGGAGUUUAUCUAGUCUGAGUGUGUAAUGGGUGGGGUUUAUCUGGCCUCAGUGUGCAAGUGGUGGAGUUUAUCUAGUCUGAGUGUGUAAUGGGUGGGGUUUAUCUGGCCUCAGUGUGCAAGUGGUGGAGUUUAUCUAGUCUGAGUGUGUAAUGGGUGGGGUUUAUCUGGCCUCAGUGUGCAAGUGGUGGAGUUUAUCUAGUCUGAGUGUGUAAUGGGUGGGGUUUAUCUGGCCUCAGUGUGCAAGUGGUGGAGUUUAUCUAGUCUGAGUGUGUAAUGGGUGGGGUUUAUCUGGCCUCAGUGUGCAAGUGGUGGAGUUUAUCUAGUCUGAGUGUGUAAUGGGUGGGGUUUAUCUGGCCUCAGUGUGCAAGUGGUGGAGUUUAUCUAGUCUGAGUGUGUAAUGGGUGGGGUUUAUCUGGCCUCAGUGUGCAAGUGGUGGAGUUUAUCUAGUCUGAGUGUGUAAUGGGUGGGGUUUAUCUGGCCUCAGUGUGCAAGGGGCGGGGUUUAUCUGGCCUGGGGGUGUAAUGGGCGGGGUUUAUCUGGCCUGGGGGUAUGUCUACACUACAAAGUUAGUUCGAACUAACUUUGAUAGGCGCUA